UGAUAGGUGAUCUUGGGUCCCAGCGUGGGGUGGAAUUCGCUGAAGAAAAUACAUUCGAUGCGGCAGCCGCUGCCCAUGGCUCCAACGGGCGAGAAUGGGCAGUUCCCAGGUGCCCAGAUACUGGAAACACACCUGCCAGAAGCAGCCCAAAGCCCCGCGUCUUGGGAUCGCGCAGGCCUGCGCGCUCCUGCGCGCGAGCGGCCAGCUGCUCACGGGCGCCUGCGCACUGCGGCUCAGAGGUGUGGCUGAGGGUGGGUGGGGCUCAUCCAGGAAGUCCCGGGCGGGUACGUCGCACCCGGAAGUGAGGAGACGGAGCGGCGGCGCGCACGGCCGGCCCCCGAGUAUCCCGUUUUCUCGGGAAGAAGUCACCGCGGACGGCCGGUGUUGCAGGCUACAGGUACCGGCCUGGAUGACCAUGGCCCUUUCUGUGGAAACCGAAUCACACAUCUACAGAGUUCUACGCACUGCCUCUGGAGCUGCUGCCCACCUUGUGGCCUUGGGCUUCACCAUCUUUGUGACUGUGCUUGCCAGACCUGGCUCCAGUUUGUUCUCCUGGCACCCUGUGCUUAUGUCUCUGGCUUUCUCUUUCCUGAUGACCGAGGCCCUGCUGGUAUUCUCUCCUGAGAGUUCGUUGCUGCGCUCCCUCUCUCGGAAGGGCCGGACACGCUGUCACUGGGUACUGCAGCUGCUGGCCCUGCUGUGUGCACUGCUGGGUUUGGGCCUUGUCAUCCUCCACAAGGAACAGCUGGGCAAAGCCCACUUGGCCACGUGGCAUGGGCAGGCUGGGCUUUUAGCUGUGCUGUGGGCCGGGCUGCAGUGCUCAGGUGGGGUGGGGCUACUCUACCCCAAACUGUUGCCCCGAUGGCCCCUGGCCAAGCUUAAGCUGUAUCAUGCCACUUCUGGUCUAGUGUGCUACCUCUUGGGUAGUGCCAGCCUUUUGCUGGGCAUGUGUUCACUCUGGUUCACUGCCACAGUCACUGGUGGGUUCUGGUACCUGGCUGUGCUCUGCCCCAUUAUCACAAGCUUAGUCAUCAUGAACCAGGUGAGCAAUGCCUACUUGUACCGCAAAAGGAUCCAGCCAUAAGCUCUUCCCAAUUUAGGGGAAUCCUGGGUUUGCUCCAGCUGGGCUGGAUUCUCUCAGUUGACUAGGUCAUGGGGCCACCUCAGGCACUGGAGCAAUCAGAGGAGGAGUCCUGUGUGCAACAUUCCUGCUUGCUCCCUCCCCCCCAUGAGUGUGCCCCCUUUCCUCUCCUUUGUCAGAGGAGGAUAUAUAUGAAUUAUGUCUGGAUAAAGCUGGGAUUGUAAGAGUGCUUCCCCAGAAAUUCAGUUCACGUUGGUAUGUCCAGAAAUUACAGGAGGAAAAAAAAAGUAAAAUAAAUGACUGAAAAGACUAACUGGGAGGCAGAGCCCAGAGUUGAGGGUAGUUCUUGCAACUGCUGUCAGCACGAAAUGUUGGGCAGCUGGGUAAGAUGGUCAUCCCUUGUCCCGGAUUGCUCACUGACAAGCAUGCAGGCCCUAGGCUGUCACUGAAAGGAACAGCUGUGUCCUGUAAGCCUCCCACCUGCCUGCUAUGCUGGGGUCUCCAGACUGGUGGUCAGAUCUCAAAAAUGCCUGGAUGGGAGCUGGGGAUGGGCUGUCUUCCUAAGUGUCAUGCACCAAGCGCUCUGCCU